UUUUAUUAAGGUGUUGAAGAAUAAUAUAAUUUAGUUAAAUUAUUACAAUGAUGAAUAAAUGGGACAGCAAGAAUCGGGAUAUGGAGUAUGUCAUCAGGGAGAACAAAAUCCUGAAGGAGGAGAAUGAACUCCUCAGACAUCAAAUGUUGGAUAAAAGUAAAUAGUUUGGAUGAAACAGCUUCCCAAGUUAUGGCCCUUCAAAGAGAAAGAAUUCAUAACCUUGAGCAAGAGUACGAGUCUUUGUACGGUAAAUAUGAGGAUCUUAUCAAUAACAAAUCUGUUACUGUUGAAUCGACUAUUGAAGAGUUGCUCAAGAGGGAUAUGGCAGGGCUUAAGGACAAAUUUGAUCAGGAAGGCUAUGAGGAUUUGAUAAAACAACAUGCAAAAGAAGUUUCAAUGCUUAAGGCCCAAGUCACAGAGCAAGGAGCUAAAAUCCUGCUUAAUAAGGAGGAUGGCAGUUAUACGGGAAGCAGAGAUUUACCUUCAAUGCAUAAAUCAGGGGCUUUAAAGAAAACAACAACAACCCACCGCUUAAACCCUUUACGAGGUCCCAAAAGUAGCUAUUCAAACCAUGAGCCUCUCGAUAAAGGUGGAAUGAGCAGUUUAACUCCUCAUAAAACAUCAACUAUAAAAGGGUCCUAUGGUGAUAAAAUGGUGUCUCUUCACUCCUACACUGAUGCUAAGGCCACAUAUCCCUACAAGCCCAAGCCUGCUUACGGAGGAAGUGUCCUUAACAGAGAGUACAACAGUGAUUUCACAAAAUAUUAAAUCCAAGUGCCCCUAAUUUCAAUAAUUUUUC